AUGCAGUCCACCACCGCCAUGACGGCAACGCACCACAUACCCACCACAUCCCAUUCUCAUCCUAAUGACCCCAUACCCGAAGACCCUACGAGAAAGCUAUCAAUGAGUGUCUCACAAGUCAGCCAGUCGCCAGUAUCAACCGCCACUAUUGGCACAUACUCUGACGACGGCUCAAGUAUAGACACAACUCCUACCACGCCUUCAGAUCACCUGUCGGAAGACUCCUACGAUGAGGAACAGAGCAGGAAAGCCUCCAAUGAUCAGCACAAAAAGAGACGAGCUUCAACGGUGUUGGUGUCGGAGGACUCCGAAGAUGCUAGACGGUUUCUAGGCGAGGCAGGUACUGCCACAUCUAUGAUACAAAAGGCUUGCUGUGGCGGAGGCUGUUGCAUGCUCCAAGAGUUCAAGUCCAAAAAUGCAUCGCAGGGGACAAUCCCUGUUGGGGAACCUCAAACUCCCGCAUACAAAAGUCUCAAGCUCAAGCUUGGCCUACUCGGCCUCGACAGCGAAUUGACGGGAAUCGUCGACAUGCCACCAAAGACCGUCUCGCUCGAACCAUUAUCCACAUCCCCUUCCACCACAUAUGCAGCGCCCACGAAACGGCCAUCGACAGAAGUCUUGAGAAACCCUCCCAAUUUCGUCACUCCCCACCCGCCCUAUCAAGUAUAUGCAGCCCCUCUAUUCCACGCUCGCGAAUUGACGAAGCCUGGCGCCGAGAAGAGAACAUAUCACUUUGACAUCGAUGUCACAGAUUACCCUACAGAAGGUGGGGACGUUGAUUUUGUGGUGGGCGGUGCGAUCGGUGUCUGCGCCCCUAAUCCAACUCAUAUGGUGGAUCAGAUCUUCGAUCGCCUCGGCGUUCCCAGUUUCGUACGGGACAAGCCAGUGCUACUAAAGACCACGUCUGGACGGUGGCCGACCAUUUGGGGCGACGAAACCUCCAGAGAAUUGGUCACCACAAGAAGGGAACUUCUGACAUGGUGCUCAGACAUUCAGAGUUAUGCACCCACCAAGCAGUUGUUCCGAAUGUUCGCCGAGUUUGCCGAGGACGAACACGAGAAGAAGAUUCUCAUGUACCUAUCUUCCGCCCAGGGUCAAGGCACCUUCUGCGAUUUGCGAACUGGGCCAUACACUACCAUUCCACAGCUCAUGGAUGCUUUCCAAUCCUCAAGGCCUCCGCUCGAUUAUCUGCUUUCCGUACUCAAUCAGCUCAUGCCGCGAUUCUAUUCACUUUCUCAAGACCCACAAGUGUCCUGCCUACGAGAUGGCACAGACUGCCGAAAACUGAUCGAAAUCGCGGUUACCGUGCACGAGGCCGAAGAUUAUGCCACUGGCAAGCGAACAGGUGUUGGCUCAGGAUUUCUCGAGAGACUGGCUCGACAACUUCUUAAUGCUGAAAAGGAAGGCAAGGAUCCUAGUACCCUGGAUCUCAGAGUCCCUAUAUUCCGCGGCCUGAUGGCAAACCCUCUCGCCCGAGAGUUCGUCAGUGACGGUCCAAUGCUUCUGAUCGGCGCUGGUGUGGGCAUUGCCCCGUUCCGUGGCUUUGUCCACCGAAGGCUAAAGUCAGCCAACUGUGCCAACAAGGUCUGGGUCCUGCAAGGCAUUCGUGAUAGUCUUGUUGACGAGCUAUAUUCUGGAGAUUGGGGCGUCCACGAAGACCAAGUCAAGAAAGUAGUCCAGUCUCGCAAAGGGAAAGGUCGAUAUGUGCAGGAAGAAGUUCGACAUCAAGCCGAUUUGGUGUGGUUCAUCAUCAAUGCUCUGGACGGACGAAUCUUCGUCUGCGGAAGCUCGAAGGGCAUGGGUGAAGGCGUCGAGGAAGCGCUGAUAGACGUUGCUGUGGCCAAGGGCAAGUUGAAUCAUGACGAGGCGAAGAGUUUCUGGGCCGAGAAGAAGGCUUCCGGUCAAUACAUCGCUGAGACUUGGUAA